CAGCCAGGCUCCCCACCCUGCCGGGCCCUCGAGGUGCCAGAGAGGGUGUGGUUUGUCUUGUCAGCACCCAGGGGCGUCACAAACCCUCCGUUGAACAGGGGAUUUACUUGACUAAUAGUUCAGUUUCAGUGUGGCUAAUGUUAAAAACUGGCUGGGCGUGGUGGCUCAUGCUUGUAAUCCCAACACUUUGGGAGUCCAAGGGCGGGCAGAUCACUUGAGGUCAGGAGUUCGAGACCAGCCUGGCCAAAAUGGUGAAACCUCGUCUCUACUGAUAGAAAAAGGAGUCGGGAAAGGUGGUGCGCUACUGAUAUCCCAGGAGACUGAGACAUGAGAAUCGCUUGAACCUGGGAGACCGAGGUUGCAGUGAGGCGAGAACACGCCACUUAACUCCAGCCUGGGUGUCAGAGUGAGACUCUGUCUAAAAAAAAAAAAAAAAAAAGAGUUUAAAACUAAGUUUCCAAGGCAUUAUGCUGUGGUCCUUAAAAGUCCUUUAGAAGAAUUUCCUGGAAUAACUUUAGAGGAAACCUAAGUGUUUCCUAGGGGAUGCUGACCUACUCUUUGCCCCUCCCUCGCCUCCUUUUAUUUGAAUUGCGAUUUGGGGUUAAAUACAAACUACUCGAAGCUGUUGGUGGAAAACAGCCCAGUCCCAAACUCUGGGGUUUUCCUUUGUUCCCAGGGGAGGCCUUGGAAGGAGUGAGCGAUCCCAAAGGAAUGAGCAGACUUGGGGAAUCCUCCAAGUGCCACUUCUGACUAAUCUUGGCUGUCGCCAGGAAAACCUAACUUGGAUUUCAGCUAUUGCUUUUCCUGCAGCCUGGUGCUGACUUUUCAAGUGGACAGCUUGUCUUCUAGGAUCUUGCUGUAUACAGUACUUCCCAGUCCCCAGGUCACAGUCAUCAGUGGAGGAAAUCUCGGAUCCCUUUUGUCCCAGGGAUUGGAAUGCUACUGGGUUUGGAAUAGGAAUGCCUGGGUUUGCAUACCCGUACUCAUCUGAUUUCUUCAUCUAGUCCACAGACCUUAAAAGUGCUUUAGUGUAUGUGCAUACGCCUGGGAAUUCAGGGAUUAAGGAAUCAGUCUCUUCCCUCCAAGGGCUUGGGAGUUAGAUAAGCAAACAAUGUAAAUCCAGUGUGCUUAGUGAAUGGUAGAGGAUACUAUCAGAUAGUAGGAGAACACUGAGGAGGGGCUUUCAAGUUUCCUUGGAGUGGUCAGAAUAAUUCUUGCAGGAUGCAACAUUGGUAGAAAUUAAAAAAUAAUGAUGACACUUACUAGAACUUUUAAAUCUGUACAAAGAUUCUAUCCUUAGAAGGCUUGGAAAAAUCUGAAUGUAUAAAAUGUGAUUUAUAAAUACAUGAACCAAAGGUCAAUAUUUUCCUAUUUCUUUCUAGUCUUUUUAUGUAUAUAUGACAAAUAUUUACAUAAUUCUGAUCAUGCUGGUUAUAAAAUUGAGUACAGUCAUUCACUGCAUAACAAUGUUUGAGCCAAGAAUGGAUCGUGUAUACAGCAGUGGUCCCUCAGAUUAUAAUAGAGCCAAAAAAUUCCUUUUGCCUAGUGACCUCGUAGCCGUCUAACGCGGUGCUCAUGUGCUUGUGGUGAUGCUGGUGUGAACAGACUGCUGCGCCGCCGGUUGUGUAAAAACACAGCACAUACCGCUUACGUGUAGUAAACAGUCCUUGAGAAUGGUAAUAAAUGACUUACUGCUUUAUGGAUUUGCUAUACUUGUCAUCAUUAUUUUAGAGUGUACUCCUUGUACUUAUUAAAAAAAGACAGUAAAACUUUAAAAAAAGUUUUUGAAACAGCCUCAGGCAGCUCUUUGAGGAGGUUUUCCAGAAGAAGGCACUGUUACCAUAGGAGCUGUGUGUCAUUGCCCUGAAGGGCCUUCCAGUGGGGCGAGAUGUAGAAGUGAAAGCAGACCUAGGCUGCUAUGUGCGUCGGUGUCUUAGUUUUGUGUGUGUGUAUGUGUCUUAGUUUUAAACAGAAAACUUAAAAUAAAUAAUUUGAAAAAUAGAAAAAUAUAAAGAAAAUAUUUUCUACAGCUGUACACUGCGUGCUUUAGGCUAGGUGUCAUUACAAAAGAGUCAAACAUUUAAAGAAUUUACAAGUUUGCUGGACACAGUGGCUCAAAGCCUGUAGUCCCAGCACUUUGGGAGGCCGAGGUGGGUGGAUCACGAGGUCAAGAGAUCGAGACCAUCUGGUCAACAUGGUGAAACCCUUUCUCUACUGAAAAUAGAAAAAUUAGCUGGACAUGGUGGUGCGUGCCUGUAGUCCCAGCUACUCAGGAGGCUGAGGCAGGAGAAUUGCCUGAACCCAGGAGGCAGAGGUUGUGGUGAGCCGAGAUCACGCCAUUGCACUCCAGGCUGGGUAACAAGAGCGAAACUCUGUCUCAAAAAAAAAAGAAUUUACAAGUUUAUAACAUACAUUUACAGUAAUCUAAGGUUAAUUUAUUAUUAUUAUUCUGGUUUUCUUUGAGACAGAGGCUCCCUCUGUCACCCAGGCUAGGGCAUAGUGGUGUGAUCUCGGGCUCACUGUAACCUCUACCUCCUGGGUUCAAGCGCUUCUUGUCCCUCAGCCACUUGAGUAGCUGGGAUUACAGGCACGUGCCACAAUGCCUGGCUAAUUUUUGUAUAUUAAGUAGAGACGGGGUUUCACCAUUUUGGUCUGGCUGGUGUUGAACUCUUGGCCUCAGGUGAUCCACCCGUCCUGGCUUCCCAAAGUGCUGGGAUUGCAGGCAUGAGCCACUGUAUCCGACCAGCUUAAUUUAUUAUUGAUAAAGAAAAACAGUUUUAAAUAUAGUAUAGUCUUAAGUGUACAGUGUUUCUAAAUUCCACAGUAGUGUCCUAGGCCCUGACAUUCCCUCCUGACUCACUCACUGACUGACCCAGAACAACGUCCAGCCCUGCAAGCUCCAUUGAUGGACUUCAAGGCUCUAAGGAUGGAAGAAUUACAGUUGGAAAGAGCCUGGAGAACUGAAUCCCUGUGUGGAGGAAAAUCACUUGAAAUUGGGUUGGUAACAUUGAAGAGACGCUUCUCACCUGCCUGAAAUGCCCUACGUUAUCUUCAAGUUGCAAGGGCUCUGGAACAGCCCUUGCAGUGCUCCCAUAAAGGGAAGCAUCACAUUUUACUGUAGUUCUUUGCUUUUUCUUUUUUAUGCCUAUAGGGAUUAGCAUACAUGUAUGUGAAAAUAUAAAAAGAGUACAGUUAGGCACCUGUAACUAGUUUUCUCUUGCUACCUAUUAACACAUUAUAACAAGUUAGUGGUUUGAAACCACAGAAAUCAGGAAUGACUGGGUUCUCUGAUCGGGGUCUUAGGAGGCUGAAAUCCAGUUAUGUGCUGCCUGUGUUUUUCAUGUAGAGCUCAGGCUACUCUUCCAAGUUCACUACACAUGUAUUGGCAGAAUCCUCUUCUUGUGGGUGGAGGACUGACAUCCUUUUGCAGUUCUCCUCCUCCUGGCUCUCAGCCAGAAGACACUCUGACUCCAGAGGCCACCUGCAUUCUUUCUCGCUUUCCUUAUCUUCCAACCAACAACAGCUCAUGGAAUUCUUCUCCAGCUCCCAUCGUCUCUCUGACUUUGUCUUCUCCUACCCACUAGAGAAAUCUGUGACACUUAGGGAGGGGUGUGAUUAGAUCCAGCCCACUCAGGAAAGCUCAGGCUUGGUAUUAGUCGGUUCUUGCAAUGCUAUAAUGACCUGAGGCUGAGAUUUAUAAAGAAGAGAUUUAAUUAGGCCAUGGUUCUGUGGGCUGGCAGGAGAGAGAGAAAGAGAGGGAGAUAGGGGAAGUGCUACAUAGUUUUAAAGAGCCAGAUCUCAUGGAAACUCUUAUCAUGCAACAGCACAUGGGGGAUGGUGCUAUGCUAUUGAAAACCAUCCCCAGGAUCCAGUAACCUUCUGCCAGGCCCCACCUCUAACACUCAGGAUUAUAAUUCAACAUGAGAUUUGGGUGGGGACAGAACCAAACCAUAUCACUCUUUAAAGUCAUAUGACUGCCAUGUAACAAUGUAAUCACAGGAAUAUCUCAUCACUUUACCAGGUUCCACAGAUAAGGGUACAACAUGUUUGGAGACCAUUUUAGAAAUUCCACCUAUCACAGUUCAACUUCAGGUCCCUAGACAUUCACAUUCUCACAGAUGCAAAAUACAUUGACCCUCUCGCCUGAGGUUUCCAAGUUUCAUGUCAUUAAUGCAUUAGGGGAAAGUGAACAAUGUCAUGUAGCUUUAAUGUGAUCAGAAGUUUAAAAUCUCAUUUAAAUAAUCUGCACCAAGUGUGAAUGAGGCUUCUGAGGGUGUCCAUUAAGUAUAGAUUCCUUUUAUUUGAGAGCGAGUCUUGGUCUGUCACCCAUGCUGGAGUGCAGUGGUGCGAUCUUGGCUUACUAUGACUUCUGCCCCCUGGGUUCAAGCGAUUCUUCUGACUCAGCCUCUGGGGUAGCUGGGAAUACAGACAUGCAGCACUGCAUUCAGCUAAUUUUUUUGUAUUUUUAGUAGAGAUGGGGUUUUGCCCUGUUGUCCAGGCUAGUCUGAAACUCCUGACCUUAGGGGCCAUCCCCACUCAGCCUCCCAAGGUGCUAGGAUUUCAGGUAGCCACCAUGCCCAGCCCAAGUACAGAUCCUUGAUAUAAUUCCCUUACCCCUGUUGACCUGUGAAACGGAUCAAACAGCUUAUCUGUCUUCAGUGUGCAAUGGUGGGACAGUCACAGAAUAACACUGCUAGUGAUUCUUGUUUAAAAAGAGGGAAAGUGGAGGGAACAAAGUCACUGAUCCAAAACCAUUUUGACCUGGAGCUGAGCAAAGUCCAGCCAGAAAUUCUUCAUUAGGCUCCACAGCCUGGAACUAACCCUCUGUGACAGGGGGCUUUGCCUCUGGGCUCUGCAUGUUUUACUAUCAUUAUGGAAAACAUUUUAUUUUCCUUCUCCCCCUGCUCUUUUGGUUCUUCCUUUUUCACCUCAUGGCAGCAUUUUCCACUUAAUUAUUGUUGCAUCUUCCCCCGCAGAAUUGGUCAGACAUUUCCUGUGUCACGGUCCUGACCAUCUUCACGAGAGGAUGUCCUUGUGAGCCCGUGCUCCUCUUCACUCACCUGACCGCUCUCAGUCAUGAUUGCUUUCAGCUGCCCUGGCUUGCUUAGGAGAAAACCUAAGACUAUGGAGUCCCAGAACCAAUCUCUGCCCUCUCUAUCUUUAAGAGAGGAAGAAAAUAACAGGGAUCUUCAUGGAGAAAUGACCCACAGGAGGGCCUGGACUCUCCAGCAGAUACAGCAGCAGAAAGUUUCUGAAGAAGAAUGGAGCCCAGGCUGGGAAAGCAGGGUUGUGUGAAACACUAUUUAAUCCUAUGUGCUCCCUGCCCCAGUCUAGCAGCCAGUGAAUGACAACUGACCAAGUAUAAAGGCCAGGAUUGUAGAACUGUGAUAGAGGGUUUGUCCAAGGAAAGGGGCUUUUUCCGUUUUUUUUUUUUUUUUUUUUUUUUGACAGUUGAAAUUCCUCUUUUUGAUCUAGUUUUUCGAAUGGCAGCAGUGAGCUUCUGGAGGGUGUUACCUGCUCUGCACAGGGAGGCUGAGGCCAAGACUUGUGUGGUGGAUCUGCUGCCACCUAGUGGUGAGGGAGGGAGCCUGGGAGAGUCUCCGUGUUUCUGGGCUUCAGUGUGUCCUCAUCAGUAAGGUAGAGGCUUAUUGUAUUUCUCUGAGGUCCCUUCCUGCUCUGUUUUCUCUGAGCUUCUGAGGAAUUUAGAUGCUUUUCAAUACUGCCUGGGAGCUUCAGCUGAGACCUGACUGUGUGUGUCUCCUGCAGGAGCCUGAGCUGAGCCUACACGCUGGAAUCCCAGAGCUGGGGGAACAGGUGGAAGAAAGAAAGUCAGCAGGUUUGGGUAUGAGAUUAAUCCACAAAGGAGAAGCCAUUGGACAUCACUGCCAACUACAGGGAAGCGGGAACACAGCCGCUUGCUUUACAGUAUGGGCUGCUUUUGUGCCUGGAAUGUGUGUGAUGUCCUGAGACCUGUACCUAUUUCAGGGAGCCUUGGGAGGAGCCUGAAUCACUGAUGGAAUUGGACGGUGCAUGGAGAUGGUUGGGCAGGAUGAGGUUUUUAACCCAUCCUGUGUUUGGGUUUCUUCUCCCUAGUCCCUGGCUGUGCCUGGGUGCCCCAAAUGUCACCAUGGUGGCACCUGGCAGGGCGUGUUCCAGGCAAAUCACAGAGGUGAACUUUCCUGAUAUCGUCGAGAAUUCCUACACCCAGCAGGAAGAGACCAAACCGAGUUUCAGAGACAGCAAAAAUAGACUUCUUCUGAGCCAGGUGGCCUACUUCCAGAACUACCGGCUGAAGACAGACAAAGAUCGAAAAGAUGACGAUGAAGAACAGAAAUACAGAGACCGCAAAAAUAAACUUUUUUUGAGUCAAGUGGCCUACUACCUGGGCUGCCGGCAUAAGAUGGAAGUCCCUGGCUUUCUGUGUUGUGCCCAAAAAGUCAACAUGGUGGCAUCUGGCAGGCCUCCUUUUAGAAUAAACCGAGAGGUGAACGUUCCAGAAGGCAUUGAGAAAUCCGGCUCACAACAGGAAGAAAACAAACCGAAUGUCGGAGCCAGCAAAAACAGACUUCUUCUGAGCCAGGUGGCCUACUUCCAGAACUACCGGAUGAAGACAGACAGUAGGUUCUAUGAUCAAAAAGAUCACGAUGAAGAACAAAAAUACAGAGACAGCAAAAAUAAACUUGUUAUGAGUCAAGUGGCCUACUACCUGGCCUGCCGGCUGAGGAUGAAAGUCCCUGGCUUUCGGUAUUGUUACCCAAACAUCAGCAGGGUGGAUUCCAGUAAACUUCCUUCCAGAAAAGACCCAGAGGUGAACGUUCCAGAAGCCAUUGAGAAAUCCUGCUCCCAGCGGGAAGAUAACAAACCGGAUGUCGGAGUCUGCCGAAAUAGAUGUCUUCUGAGUGAGGUGGACUACUCCCUGAACUACUGGCUCAGGGCAUACGAAGCUCGAGAAGAUGACAAUGAAGAACGGAGAUACAGAGACAGCAAAAAUAAACUGCUUGUGAGUCGAGUGGUCUACUCCCUGGCCUGUCAGCUGACGACGGAAGUCCCUGGCUUUCCGUGUUCUGCCCCGAAUGUCAUCACGGUGGCAUCUGGCAGGGCUGUUGCCGGAAAAAUCCCAGGGGUGAACGUUCCAGAAGCCAUUGAGAAAUCCUGCUCCCGGCGGGAAGAUAACAAACAGGAUGUCGGAGUCCGCCAAAAUAGAUGUCUUCUGAGUGAGGUGGACUACUCCCUGAACUACCGGCUGAGGGCAUACGGUCAUCAAGAUUAUAAUAAAAAACAGAAAUACAGAGACAGGAAAAAUAAGCAUUUUACAAGUCAAGCGGCCUUCUGCCUGGGCUCUGGGCUGAAGACGGAAGUCCCUGGCUUUCUUUAUUGUGCCCCAAACGUCCACAUGGUGGCGUCUGGCAGGCCUUCCAGAAUAAACCCAGAGGUGAAUGUUCCAGAAGGCACUGAGAAAUCCGGCUCACAACAGGAAGAAAACAAACCAAAUGCUGGAACCACCGAAAAUAGACUUCUUCUGAGUCAGGUGGCCUACUUCCAGAACUACCGGCUGAAGUCAGACAAAGAUCGAAAAGGUCAUGACGAAGAACAGAAAUACAGAGACAGGAAAAAUAAACUUCUUAUGAGUCAAGUUGCCUACUACCUGGGCUGCCGGCAUAAGACGGAAGUCCCUGGCUUUCUGUUAUCUGCUUCAAACAUCAGCAAGGUGGCAUCUGGCCGGCCUCCUUACAGAAAAUACACAGAGGUGAACGUUCCAGAAGGCAUUGAGAAAUCCUGCUCCCAGCAAGAAAAUAACAAACCGAAUGUCCCAGUCAGCAAAAAUAGAUGUCUUCUGAGUGAGGUGAACUACUCCCUGAACUGCCGGCUGAAGACCUACAAUGAUCAAAAAGAUCAUGAUGAAGAACAGAAAUGCAGAGACAGCAAAAAUAAACAUCUUAGGAGUCAAGCGGCCUACUACCUGGACUGCCGGCUGAAGACGGAAGGAAGUCAAGGUGAUGUUGAGGAAGAGGAGGAGAAAGGGCCAGUGCCCCCCAGGAAUCUGCAGGAGUCUGUGGAGGAGGAAGCCCCCCAGGAGUCCUGGGAUGAAGGUGAUUCGACUCUCUCAGUUCCUCCUGGCCCAUCUGCCUUCAAUAAGACUUUGAGGAGCAACUUGCACUCAUUAGAGGAGCAGCAAGUCAUCUCGGCUGUUGACAUAGACAAGAUUAAAAAUGACCAAGCAGAAGAAGAAGACCAAGGCGCACCAUGCCCCAGGCUCAGCAUGGAGCUGGUGGAAGCAGAAGAACCUGAAGUCUUCCGGUCCUCACUGGAUGUAUUGUAUUCAACUUAUGCAGCUUAUCCUGAGUUUUAUUUCACAUGCCAGGCUUACACAUAUGUUAUUUUUUUAUUUGUGGAAGAGCGUGUUCGCUUGACUUUGGACAUGGACAGUAGGUUUCUUACUACGACGGUGACAAGACUCCUCCCCCUGGUCUCCCGGGUAGGGGUCAUAUUUCCACACUAAGACAACGUGUCACGUGGGACUCUGCCGGUGCAGAGUAUGAACACCACCAUGUUCUUGCUGAAACACUUAGCCUGAGUUUCAUAGCCUGAGGUAAUCUCCAGACAACUUCAGAAUGUAGAGCAGUGAGCAGCACAAGUGACCUUUCUCCUUCAGAAAGCCCAUGUCACCACAAAUCACACAACUAAAAGGAGAAGAGACAUUUUGGGUUGAAAAAGAGUAAAGAGAUAAUGUAGCUACAUUUCUUUUGUUCUUUUGAACCCAAAGUGUCUCCUCACCUUUUGUUGUUGUCAUUGAUGGUGGUGACAUGGGCUUGUUUGUAGAGGACAGGUCAGCUGUCUGACUCAAAGCUCUACACUCUGAAGUUGUCUGAAAAUGUCCUCAUUAAAUUCAGCCUAAGUGUUUUUCCAGGAACACUGCAGGGUCAAUGCUACCUCACCCAUCUGCAGGCAGAGAAGGUCCUGUGUGUCUCCCACCGUGAUUGUGAUACCAGGACUGUUCCACCAUUUGUCUACCACCAUGUUCGUGGUACCAGGACUGUUCCACCAUUUGUCUACAACCAUGAUUGUGAUACCAGGAAACCACCAUUUGUCUAUUACCAUGACCGUGAUACCAGGACUGUUGCACCAUUUGUCUACCACUAUGAUUGGGGUACCAAGACUGUGUUACCUUUUAUCUACCAUUACGAUUGUCAUACCAGGACUCUUCCACCAUUUGUCUAUCACCAUGAUCGUGAUACCAGAACUCUUCCACCAUUUGUCUACCAUCAUGAUCGUGAUACCAGGACCGUUUCACUAUUUGUCUAUCACCAUUAUCGUGAUGUCAGAUCUGUACCUUUCAGAGACAGCUUAUUUAUACCGAAGUAAUUGGAAAAAUGGUUUUUAAACGUAUUAAUAUGCUGUGUUCAAAUGACCAUCCCCUAAACAUUUUCUUCAUUAAUCAUCCCUGGUGGUGUCCAUUAUUAUAUUUAUAUCUCUCUACUGGAAAUUUUCCAUUUUUCCUGUAUCUUUGCUUUUCCUAGUUUCUGUUGUUGGAAAAAAAAUUUCCUGCCUGCAUUUUAAUUUUUGCCAAAGUUAAUUUUAAUCUAUACUAUUAAAAUGUUUUCUCUUAAGACUGUCAGCACGUAAGGCCACAGCAAAAGAGAGAAUUCACUGAUUUUGAAGCCUUUUUUGAUUUGUUGCUGACAAGAGACAUAGUUUUCUUAGCUGCUAAUAACUAUUUGAGCAGCCAGGAAAGGUCUAUCAGACUAAGGACAUGAAAAGCCCAGGCCAUUCUCUUUGAGUCUUUUAAACUAUUUCAAAAGAGAAGAGAAUAGGUAGAUUCCACAUAUGUGGACAGGAAGGAGAAUACACUAAAAGCAACAGACAAUUAUUUCCCAAAACAGAAUAGAAAACUAGAUUUAAAUAAACAUACACCAUUAAAAUUUAUUAAACAUUUUCUCAUGAAAUGUAAUCUCUCUAAACUUACCUGUUAUAUGGAAGUCAGUUCUUAAUAUUCCACACUGCAUUGACUGUUGACAUUCAUAAGAACAUAUUUCCAAGUUUAUUUGAAAAUGCAAAUGGACUGUAAUUUUUUUUGCAGUAAUCUUUUUAAGAUUGAAGAUUUUAUUCAAAAUAAAACCAGAGAUUUUAAAGAUUGAAAAUGACAUUAAAAUGUAUCUUCUCAAAAUAA